AUUCGUUAUCGACAAGUUCAGGUUCAUCGCAAUACUCAACAAGGACAGCGGCCAAAUGGAGGAGGGAAUCAACUGAACAUAGCUCGAUACAAGAGGACAGUGUACAGCAUAGCAUGGGUGCAGUUAGCUUUACUUAUUUGCUAUAUUCCAUACAUCUUAUUAGGGUUUAUAAGGCUGUUUCGUAAACUACCCUUUUCGACCAAAUCAUAUAUUACCACAGAAUCAUUUGUAACUCUCGUUUACUUAAAUUCUUCUUUAAAUCCAGCGCUUUAUUGUUGGAGGAUCAGAGAUGUGAAACAAGAAGUGAAAAACAUGAUUUGCAAGAUUUUCUGCUGCUUUUAAAGUUAAUGACUAUAAAAAAAGGAACUGAUAAAGUUGACUCAUUUUACUGCGGAUAUCAGAGACUGUAUAUCUUUUGAGAUCCAUACAAAGUUAGAAAAUAUCUCAAGUAAUUAAAACAGAAAUUAAAGAGGUGAUUUGCUGAUUCAUGUGUCUAGAAAAUUGAUGAUUUUGCGCACACGGUAAAAAUGGAAUCAAAUAAAAUUGCCUAAUGUUGGCCACUUUUAUACCUUAUUUUGACUCGUUUUUCUGUAGGCCUUUACUUAAAAUCACCUUUUUGAUGGUUUACAAAGACAAAAAUUGUUGUUUUUUAGUUUUCACAAAUAAGGAUAAACUUGGAAGAUUUCGUUCAUCACUGAGAAGGUGGAAUAAAGCUGGGCAGGUGAGCGAUGAUAUGUCAACAAGGACCCACUAAGGGUACGCUAGCCCUCUUUCUUUACUUCCUAGAACUGAUUUGGAUCAGGGCUGAGAUAUAGACACACUAUAACAUUAAGACUCGUCUCUUUGGUUUUAAUCUGUUUUGUUAAUUAGUGUCCUAACAUCCUUAGAAGCUCUUUAUUUUGUGAACUUUACUAUUAUUUUUGUUGUUAUAUGAACGUUUUCUUACCUAACCAUUUUUCACACUCUUCGUAAGAAGCAAGCUCGAAUUCAACGAAAUAUUCAAGAACGAUCAAACGGAAAGGGGAAUCAACUGAACCGACAAAUUGUAGCUCGAUACAAAUAAAAACCGUUUACAGGCAUAACAUGGGUGCAGCUAGCCUUACUUGGUUGCUAUGCUCCACUAGCUGUCAUUUCAAUAACAUUCUGUUUAAUAGCCGGUUUCAGUUAAAUACCGCAACAGCCAUUGCUCGGGAAUCAUUUGUAACUCUCUUUCAUUUAAAUUACUUCUAAACCUUGCGUUUUACUUUUGGAGGAUCAGAGAUGUGAGACAAGAAGUAAAGAACACGAUCCGCAAGAUUUUCUGCUGUUGAGUUUAAUGGCUGUAAACGAGCAACAUAACAAAGACACAACAUAUAUGAAGUAGUAACAUGAAAAUUUUAAUUUCAAAAAAAUGUUUUUGGGAUCGUUGAACCCGAAAACAUUUCCUAAGCACCUGUUGUUUGGCUUUCAUGGGAUGUUUGCUUCGAAGCCGGAAUAGCAUUACCAGUUUGAAGUUAUAAUAUAUUAUAAUAAAUCCCAGCCCGGGCAAAUACUACGGUUAACGGUUAAGAAACCCCCCGACGGUUCAGCUGAGAAAAAUAUCCCUUAUCAAAGGCGGGUGGGGGGAAGGUGGGAAUUUCAUAUAUCCCAUGAUGCUUCGCGGCUAAUUUCUGUCUUCUGUCCGCGGUGGAAAGAGCGUUCGAGAUUUUCGAGGGAGAUUUUCAAGGGCCUGAAUUUCAAGAUGCAGCUCAUCCAGGUAUCUGAUUGAUAAUGUAAAAUGUUUCCAAGGUCAUUUCACGCGUUAUUGCUCUCGUUUCCGACCCUGUUAAGCCAUGCUGUUUUAACUCGCAAGUGAAUAUUUAUUUAGAUGACUUUCAAUUAUCGAAAACUGUCUUUAUUCUAGAAAGGUUUUGCCCUAAUAAAUUAUUUAAAUCGGCGGACAAGGGGUGCUUGAUACUAGUUCCACGCUCCGACCUCUUUCGACCUCUCGAUUUUUAUGGGUUUGAUCGUUUUGGAAUAUCGUAUUUUCUCCCCUUUCUCCGCAAAGAUGCAAGGCGAAGGUUUCAACUUCUUUAUGCUAAGUCCUGCGAAGAUGGGACAUUUUUUCUUGAAUUCGCUCUUUCUCCGCUGAUCAAAACACAAAUAUUAUCUCUGGAGGGUAUUAUGAGUGUUUAAAUUCAAUGGUUUAUAGUAUUAAAGCUUGUUUGUCUCAUUAUUUUAGGUAAAAUUGGUUUCUCAUGGUGGCUUCCGGUCGGAAACGCGCUAGGCGAACUUGAAAUGUACAGGCCAGCAAAUGUCAUGGAAUAGCAUGCCGUAGGAUCUCAACCGGCGUAUAAAACCUUUAAAGACAUUUCAAUAAGUCUUUUACGAUCCAUUGUAAAGAAGAAGUGGGUGUUUUUGUUUUUGUAUAUAUAUUUUACCAUUUCUUAAUAAAGCUUUUUUCUGUUUAUGUUUGACGAAUGCUUAGCUGGUGUUCUGUCGCGAAAAAUGCAGAGAUGUCUUUGUUAUUUUUUUGUUUGUUGGAGCUAUUCUCUUCCUUUGAAUUUUAUCUCCGAUAGACGUCACUUUGUACUCUCUCGGUGUUUUCGACUGCAUAAGCCGAGCUUGUUGAAGUAAAAGCAUGUGCGGUGAUCGAACGGUCAGUGAACGGUUGAUGUACUGCAUCGAUGAAUUAUUGAACUGACAAUAUGAGCACCGCGAUCACAAGCAAGCAACGAAGAGAAAUAUCACAACUAGAAUAUGUAUUUAUUUCAAGACAAGUACGCGGAAAUCGCUUGUUAAUCCAUGGAGAGCUUUAUCAACGCUCGUUAAAACAGGACGUAUUGAAGCAAAGACCUUGCAAGCUUCUAAGAACAUUUGCGUGGACUGCCUUGCGAUGGUAAGGCUAGUUAACUAAUAAUCGGCCGCCAAAACACUCUCUUUGACUUAACAAGAGAUAUAUUUGGAAUAGUAGAACGAAAAUCGUAAAUAGAUUGACACGGCAAAGGUACAGAAGGUUUUAUCAGCAACACAAGUCGAUUUCCACCGUAGUUCAAUUAUCGCGUCCCUGUUGAACUGAUAGAUCACGUGCGUUUGGAAGCUUGAUAACAUAGAAUGAAGCGAUGCAUCAUGGAUAUGUGAAAUUCCCCCCUUAUACCUUAUCCAUCAAUUUUCUGCCAAAGUUGAAACUUUUUAAUUUUCACACUGAAAACGUUACUUCCUUUUCAGCUUAAAAGAACACCAACUUGUCAUCCAAUUAAAAAAAUGCAUACAUUGAAUCCGAUGAAUAAACCUGCAGCCGGAUACCCGCGUUUAAGACGCUCAAUAGAGAAACUGUUAACCUUUUAAUUUCUAAAACAAAAGACCCUUGGACCAAUACGGCCCUGUUCACUGGCAUGUUUCCGUUUAGCCCAAAUAAAGAAGAACCACCACUACUAAAAACACAGAGUUUUAAGAGAACGUAGAGUCGUUAAAAUGACAAACUAAAUGUAUGACAAACGACAGAACUGGUCACCUGGUCACUAUGAACCGCUAAUUAAGACUAUAAACGUUUCAAUCCAUUUGAAAUUGUCCGAAUAUAAGAAAAACAAUAAAGCAGCCUUGGAAGCAAAUUACAAACCAAGAUAUUAAAGAAAUAAUAACUGCAAUGGCUACAAGCUUCAUUAAGAUUAUUAUCAUCAUUAUUAAAUAGCACUAACGGAAAGAAAAUAGGCUUCCUUACGGCUUUCUUGCAGACAGAGACACUGUUAUUGGUUAUUCUGUCAAUAGAUCAGAAACACUUGUGAAGGCAAAACCACGACGAAAAACCAGUGAGGGUCAGUCGGACUGGGAUCUUUAGUCAUGUUUAGUUGGCCAGGAUCAGUAAAAUUUGGAAUACCAAGUUUUAAAAUUAAAACAGUUAACUGAUCCUUAGGAGUGAUAGAAAAGAUGAAGAAAGAAAACAAUCUUCUUGCCGUAAGGAUCGGUUUAUUGUUUUAAUUUUCUAAUUUAGUAAAUAGAUCACCUGCCCAAGUCUGCCCAUAUCGUCCAUAAGCGACCACAUUUAUCAAACCAAUAAGGUGGUUGUCAUAAUUCGUUGUUUUAUAAUCGGACUAAGAGUUCGUGCAUUGAACGGCUAACUUAAGACACUUAAUCAAACAAAUAAAUUUUCUCCCAAAUUCAACAAUCGGCAUACUCAGCUUCUUAGAUUAGGUUUAGCUCAUAGAAAGAACAGAAAAAUAAACAGGAUACGAUAGUAGUUCAAAGACCACUGACCGGUAUGUCGUAAAAUCAUGUAGUUCUAAAUGUGACAGUCAUCCUGUUUAGCUCAGAACCAAUUAAAAAUAACCUGUUAUCAUAAUCUCUUUACUUGUAGAAACUGUUUAUAAAGGCCUGUGUUGUUUCCAAAAGCAAUUACAAAAAUUAGAAGGAAUUCUUUCCAUAUAUAUUAAGCCGAGUGUAGUUCCUUUGCAACAAAUGUAAAGACAUGGCAAACUCAACUGAGUACGAAAACAGCACAAGUGCGACUGAAGUAACAUCAUGGAAUGCUCGUUCAACGAGUAUGGUAAUUCUUGUAGGCAUCAAUAUUUUUCUCGCCAUCAUUGCAUCUUUUGGCAACGCUCUAAUCCUGAUUGCUCUUCAUAAAGUGACGUCCGUUUAUCCACCAACAAAACUGUUAUUUCGAUGCCUGGCAGUCACCGAUCUCUUAGUUGGACUUAUCUCUCAGCCACUGUAUGUUACUAUUCUCUUUCCCCAGUUCACAACUUGGAAUGUGAAUGUCGCAAUUCCGCGUGCAGACGAGUUUUUCUUUUCUCUGCUCCCUGUAGUAUCACUCCUUACAUCAGCCGCCAUCAGUGUGGACAGACUUCUUGCCCUGUUGUUAGGGCUAAGAUAUAGAUACACUGUAACAUUAAAGCGAGUUUGGCUGGUCAUACUUUGUUUUUGGCUGAUUAGUGCUCUUCAAGCUACAGGUAGCACAUGUUCAGUUGAAUGUCCAAAACUAGAUGAAAUAACCAAUAUGUUGUUCUGUGCUCUAUUAACACUUUCCUUGCUAGUCUCAGUAUUCUCUUACGCGAAGAUAUUCAAAACCCUUCGUUAUCGACAAGUUCAGGUUCAUCGCAAUACUCAACAAGGACAGCGGCCAAAUGGAGGAGGGAAUCAACUGAACAUAGCUCGAUACAAGAGGACAGUGUACAGCAUAGCAUGGGUGCAGUUAGCUUUAUUUAUUUGUUAUAUUCCAUAUAUCGUAAUACGGUUUUUAAGUCUUUUAAGAAUUCUUGGUAAACUACCCUUUUCGACCGAAAUAUCUAUUCUUUCGGAAUUAUUUGUGACUCUCCUUUAUUUAAAUUCUUCUCUAAACCCAGCGCUUUAUUGUUGGAGGAUCAAAGAUGUGAGACAAGAAGUGAAGAACAUGAUCUGCAAGAUUUUCCGCUGCUUUUGAAAUGAAUAACUUUUAAAAAAGGAACUGUUAAAGUAAGCUCGUUUUUCUGCAGAUAUCAGAGCCUGUAUAUCUUUUGAGACCCAUACAAAGUUAGAAAAUAUCUCCAGUAAUCAAAACAGAAAUUAAAGGGGAUGAUUUGUGAACUCAUGUGUCUAGAAAAUUGAUGAUUUUCAUCUGGUAAAAAUGAAAUCAAAUAAAAUUGACUAAUGUUGGCAAGUCUUUUCUCUGCUCCCUGCAGUAUCACUCCUUACAUGAGCCACCAUCAGUGUGGACAGACUUCUUGCCCUGUUGUCAGGGCUGAGAUAUAGACUCACUGUAACAUUAAGACGAGUUUGGGUAGUAAUAGCUUGUUUUUGGUUGAUACUGGUUGCCCUUCAAGGAUAGAUAUAUAUAUAUUCCCACAGAAUCAUUUGUAACUCUCUUUUACUUAGAUUCUUCUUUAAACCCAGCGCUUUAUUGUUGGAGGAUCAGAGAUGUGAGACAAGAAGUGAAGAACAUCAUCCGCAAGAUUUUCCGCUGCUUUUAAAAUUAAAAACUAUAAAAAAGGAACUGCUAAAGUGAGCUCGUUUUGCUGCGGAUAUCAAAGCCUGUAUAUAUCUUUUAAGACCCAUACAAAGUUAGAAAAUAUCUCAAGUUAUACUCUACAUGAAAAAUUUGUACAAUUAGAGCAGUGGUUUUUCAGCUUAAUUUGAAAUGCCUACAUGUAAAUAUUACAAACCUUUUGCGGGUAGUAGUAUAAACUAAUAAUAGCAUGGUUUGUACGUUAUAUUUGGCAUAAAUACCACUCGUGAUAUUUCAAAAUUGUCUCUAAUUUCACUCGCCUAAAGGCUCGUGAUUUUACGUAUAACAAUUUCGAAAUACCACUUGUAUUAUUUACGAAGACAAAAUUGUUGUUUUUCAGUUUUCACACAACACAACCCCCAAUCAGGACAAACUUUGAAGGUUUCGUUCAUCACUGAGAGGGCGGAAAAAAGCUUGCGAGGUGAGGGAUGAUAUGUCAACAAGGACCCACUAGGGUUACCCUUAUCUUCCGCUGUUCAAACUUACAGAUCUAGGGACGAGAUUUAGGGCAUCCAUCUGGCCCCAGUUGUUCAAAAGGUGGAUAAGUAGUCGGUUUCCCUGAUACUUAUCCACUGAAUAGUGAUUUAUUCGGUGGAUAGCGCUAUCCAACGUUUGAACAACCAGGGCCUGGUGAGGGUGGUGGAAACGAAUUUUUAACCUGAAAAUUGGAUAUAAGAUUUUGUAUGCAGUGAACAUAGCGCGAUACAGAAAGACUGAACAGUCAGUUUAGCAUAGCUGUAGUUGGCCUUACUUGUUUGCUUUGCUCCUUAUAGCAUAGCAUGCGCAUUGUUUACCCGAAAUAGAGGGGUCGAUGCUUACUUCAUGGCAACUAUAAUUAUCAAGACAGUCCUCUAAUGGAAAGCGAGCUUUCUACGACGCUAAGUGGAAGAAAUAUAUACAAAAUAAUAGGCCUGGCAGCUGGAUUAUGUAAGUGUAUUUGGCGUUCGAAAUUUAACAAAUGGCCGUUUAACCAUUCUUUUGACUCGUUACAUUUUAUAAUUUCCGUUUUCAUCAGUCCACUUAAUAUAUAGAUUUAGCCAGGGCUAAAAGCGAAGCUCUCGAUAAUUUUGAUAGUUUGCUCAAACUGAAUAUAAAAUCGUAUAAUGCUAAGGGGCGAGGCAACGAGAACGGUAAAAAACAAACAGCAAUAGAGUACUAAAGUGAUGACGUCAUAAAAAUGAAAUUUCUGAAAUUAUGGGAUUUGUCAAGAUUUUCUGAAAGAACAAUGUCCAAGAGGCGUACUUGCCAAAAAUGGGCAUUUGGGGGCAAAUUGUCUCUGAGAUCGUAGCCCAGUUAUGCUUACAAAACUCCAUACAAACCCUUCUAAAUUUUUUUUGGGUCGACCCAAAAAAAAAUUAGAAGGGUUUGUAUGGAGUUUUCUGAGUAUAACUGGGCUACGAUCUCGGAGACAAUUUGCCCCCCCGGCCAAAUGCUCAUUUUUGGCAAGUAGGCCUCUUGGAAAUUGUUCUUUCAGAAUAUCUUGACAAAUCCCAUAAUUUCAGAAAUUUCAUUUUUAUGACGUCAUCACUUUAGUGCUCUAUAGGUCUAAUUAGCAAACAAGCAACUUUACACGCGCAGCACACCUUUUUUGUACAUUUCUUUGCCGUUGUUUUGCACGACUGCAACGUGAAACGUCCAGAAACUUCCUGGUUACAUGUUUUAAGUGUCGUGCGUGUUCUUGCUCACAUUUUUUUUUUUCACUGUCACUCAUUUUCACCCUGGUGGCCGCUAGAAUCCCGCCGCUACAAAAUUUCACGUUGUUCCUCCAACAAAAAAUGUCUCUCUUUGUUUCUUGUCUCUCGCUCUAGCUCCUUUUCUCGUUGAGCCUCGCUGGCCUGUCCCCUACUUUCUCUUUUUCUCUGUCUUUUUUUUCUCGAUUUUCCAAAUUUGUGGACAUGACAGUUAAUCUAAGCUUAAUACUUACAGCGGUUACCACUGACACGCGCCUUUGAAGGGUUUUUCUGUCUGUUUAAACCUGAGUUUUGGUGGACGUCAAUCAACUGUUUCCAUGGUUUUCCAAGCGCUCUGACAGAGAAGGCUCCCUCAUCGCUGAAUGAGGGGCGAAUAAUUUCGAACGACGACGGCUUUUUAAAUUAUUUUAUUAAGAUGAAGGAUUACAUUGUUAAAACAACGAGGUCUCUGCGAGCUGAGUGAAAUAGCCGAAACAUUCUCUAUAGUUUACGUAACGGUUUUCAGGUUGUUUAUUUAUUUGAUUGUAUGAAAACACGGGAGCCGUGGACGAAUAUGCCACAAAGCUAGAAUAAAUUCAAAGAAACAAAACUCGGAUAUCACACCGAAAGGGGAAAAAGUUUCCUCUGAAUGGAGGCUGUUUUCGAAAAUGAAUUUUACUUCUUAUCAUUCUUCAUGUUAUCGAAUAGAAACCAGAACUAGCAAGAACUCAGACGAGUUGCGAGCGAUUGAGAAAGCUUAUGUGGCUGUAACUUGUAACUUACAGUGUGUAAUUAUGUCGAUAAUUAGAGUUUCCACCGAAAAACACUCAACAAAUUGUUUCUCCUCGUAAUCUUGACAUGAAGCGGUGUCAGAUCCUGUAGCAAAAUAUUGCAAAAACGGCUGAAACGCCGACAUAUUCUUCCGAGUGCUCAAGAAACGGAGAAAGAAUCUCCUCUAGGCUAACGCGUGAAAAACCAUGGUAACGGUUGAUUGACGUCCACCAAAACGCAGGUUUGAACCGAAGAAAAAACCCUUUGAGGGCGCGUGUUAGUGGUAACCGCUGUAAAACAACACGGAUACAGAAACAUUUUCCGCUUUCCGUUUUCGUCUUUAUUGACUCUUUAGUUGUCUCUGCUUCACAAGACGCGGGUGGCCAUACGCUUUCCCGCCAAAAUAACCUGACAUUUGGCAUCGGCUUACAUGUAGUGGGUGUACGGACGGUCGUUAGUUGUCUCCGCUUCUGCGACUGUUAUACAUAUUAAUUAAGGGAAGGCAUACGGAAGGCAAGGGAAGGCACCUACGGGGGUUAAGUUUGCUGAAACAUGAUUUAAUUAAUUUAUUCACAAAGAGAAAUGCAUACAUUCAUUCCGAUGAAUAAAAUCCAGGCAGAUACACGUGUUUGAUUAUAGUGAAAUUGUAUGCCAUGUUUAAAACAGAAGACCCUGAGAAUCUAGCCUGUUCACAGAUCCUCUAUUUCAGUCUUCAAAGUCCGUCGAGCCGCGUGAUAUAAACAGCGGAGGAUUUAUUGACCGCCAGCGCAAGAGGGUAGGGUAGGGGAAGAAAUUUUUCCUUCUCGCGCUCCGUGCUCGCCCUCGCUCGCUUCGCUCUCCCGCUCGCCGAUCUUUUCGAAAAGAACUAAAGGAAAAAUAGAUCAACGGCUGUGUACAGACUACUGAGAACCACACCCUGUUCCAAGGCAAAUCCCCUUUUAGCGUCUGAUGCGUGCCAAAUAAGUGAGUACCACCACUGUUAAAAGCACAUUCUUUAAUUAAAGACAACCAGGGUUAUGGGCUCCUGAGACAACCGCAUAAAAUAAAUACAUCACAAAACAACAAAGUUAAAUAAUCACUCUCUCCUCCGCAGAGGCUCCCGCUGGAUAUCCCAAUAAAAAAAAGCAGUAAUCGAAAAAAUAGAAAGCGCACGGGGGACGAUGGGAGAACAGCACGUUAAAUCACAGAGACCUCUUCUCUCUUCCCCCUUCCCAUCGUGCCCCGCGUGCUCUAUAUUUCUUUCUCCCCAGCCCCCCUACGACACAAAGAGGCCUCUGCGGAGGACAGAGGUUGGUCACUAUGAACCGCAAACAAAGAAUAAACGUUUCAAGCCAUUAAAAAUUGUCUUAAUAUCAGAAAAUCAAUAAAGCAGUCCUGGAAAAAAUAUAAGCAAAAAUAUUUUGAUAAAAUAACUGUAAUAGCAACGGGUUAUUAUUGGCAUUAACGAAGCGAAAGUUGGCUUCCUUGCGUGCAGACAGAGACACAGUUAUCAGUAAUUCAAGCCAUUCAAUAUCACCUGUCCAUAUCUACCCAUAUCGUUUAUACACGACAGUAUUUAUCAACCCAAUAAGUUGGUUGUCAUUUCGUAGUUUUAUAUUAAAUUCGGGCUGGGGGUUCGUGCAUUGAAUUUCAAAUUACACACAAUUUUUCAAACAAAGAAAGUUUUCUUACAAAUCCAACAGUCGGUGCGCAUACUGAGCUCCUUAGGGACGGACCAUUAGAAAAGUUAUNUUUUUUAAUUUCGGUUUCGCUGACACAGCUUUCGCAGAAAUCUCGCUGUAGUCGUUUUCGUCGACAAAAGGAAUAGCAAAAUCGCUCUCCGCGUCUUCCCCCAUUUUGUUCUGCGUCAUUUCGUGAAGGACGCGUGGCUCUCAGCGUGGGUCAUCCACGCGGAACACAUUCGCGCUAUGUGAUUGGCUGUUGUCUAAUCCCCCUUGAGAUCUGUGGUGUUAAAAAUAACUCGAGACGAAUUACCUAUGGAAUAGGGUGUAUAUGGGGGAUGCCCUCUCUGUCCCCUUUAUAGUCUCUUGAUAUAUAUAUAUUCCCGGAGAAUCAUUUGUAACUCUCUUUUACUUAAAUUCUUCUUUAAACCCAGCUCUUUAUUGUUGGAGGAUCAGAGAUGUGAGACAAGAAGUGAAGAACAUCAUCCGCAAGAUUUUCCGCUGCUUUUAAAAUUAAAAACUAUAAAAAAGGAACUGCUAAAGUGAGCUCAUUUUGCUGCGGAUAUCAAAGCCUGUAUAUAUCUUUUAAGACCCAUACAAAGUUAGAAAAUAUCCCAAGUUAUACUCUACAUGAAAAAUUUGUACAAUUAGAGCAGUGCUUUUUCAGCUUAAUUUGAAAUGCCUACAUGUAAAUAUUACAAACCUUUUGCGGGUAGCAGUAUAAACUAAUAAUAGCAUGGUUUGUACGUUAUAUUUGGCAUAAAUACCACUCGUGAUAUUUCAAAAUUGUCUCUAAUUUCACUCGCCUAAAGGCUCAUGAAAUUAAGUAUAACAAUUUCGAAAUACCACUUGUAUUAUUUACGAAGACAAAAUUGUUGUUUUUCAGUUUUCACACAACACAACCCCCAAUCAGGACAAACUUUGAAGGCUUCGUUCAUCACUGAGAGGGCGGAAAAAAGCUUGCGAGGUGAGGGAUGAUAUGUCAACAAGGACCCACUAGGGUUACCCUUAUCUUCCUCUGUUCAAACUUACAGAUCUAGGGACGAGAUUUAGGGCAUCCAUCUGGCCGCAGUUGUUCAAAAGGUGGAUAAGUAGUCGGUUUCCCUUAUACUUAUCCACUGGAUAGUGAUUUAUUCGGUGGAUAGCGGUAUCCAACGUUUGAACAACCCGGGCCUGGUGAGGGUGGUGGAAACGAAUUUUUAACCUGAAAAUUGGAUAUAAGAUUUUCGUAUGCAGUGAACAUAGCGCGAUACAGAAAGACUGAACAGUCAGUUUAGCAUAGCUGUAGUUGGCCUUACUUGUUUGCUUUGCUCCUUAUAGCAUAGCAUGCGCAUUGUUUACCCGAAAUAGAGAGGUCGAUGCUUACUUCAUGGCAACUAUAAUUAUCAAGACAGUCCUCUAAUGGAAAGCGAGCUUUCUACGACGCUAAAUGGAAGAAAUAUAUACAAAAUAAUAGGCCUGGCAGCCGGAUUAUGUAAGUGUAUUCGGCGUUCGAAAUUUAACAAAUGGCCGUUUAACCAUUCUUUUGACUCGUUACAUUUUAUAAUUUCCGUUUUCAUUAGUCCAGUUGCCAAGAAACUUAAUGGUUGUCCUGUGGCACCUUUUGAGCAUGCGCAUUUUCGCUCAAGAGCAUGAGGUUUCUUUAUUUUGCGUCAGUUCAGCAUAAUUUUGUACAAAAGCGAAAUUAAAUUGUUGAUGUUCUUAAUAUACAGAUUUAGCCAGGGCUAAAAGCGAAGCUCUCGAUAAUUUUGAUAGUUUGCUCAAACAAAAUAUAAAAUCGUAUAAUGCUAAGGGGCGAAGGCAACGAGAACGGUAAAAAACAAACAAACAAACAAACAACAACAACAACAAUAGGUCUAAUUAGCAAACAAGCAACUUUACACGCGCAGCACACCUUUUUGUACAUUUCUUUGCCGUUGUUUUGCCCGACUGCAACGUGAAACUUCCAAAAACUUCCUGGUUACAUGUUUUAAGUGUCGUGCGUGUUCUUGCUCACAUUUUUUUUUUUUUUUUACAAGCGCUCUGACAGAGAAGGCUCCCUCAUCGCUGAAUGAGGGGCGAAUAAUUUCGAACGACGACGGCUUUUUAAAUUAUUUUAUUAAGAUGAAGGAUUACAUUGUUAAAACAACGAGGUCUCUGCGAGCUUAGUGAAAUAGCCGAAACAUUCUCUAUAGUUUACGUAACGGUUUUCAGGUUGUUUAUUUAUUUGAUUGUAUGAAAACACGGGAGCCGUGGACGAAUUGCCACGAAGCUAGAAUAAAUUCAAAGAAACAAAACUCGGAUAUCACACCGAAAGGGGAAAAAGUUUUCUCUGAAUGGAGGCUGUUUUCGAAAAUGAAUUUUACUUCUUAUCAUUCUUCAUGUUAUCGAAUAGAAACCAGAACUAGCGAGAACUCAGACGAGUUGCGAGCGAUUGAGAAAGCUUAUGUGGCUGUAACUUGCUAUAAAUUGGUUGAUCCGACUUUCUGGUUUCAUUAAGUCAAACCCACCGCCCUCAUAUCAAUAAACAAAAAAUAACUAUAAAAUACUUACUACGAUCAAGAUCAAAACAAGAAACGUUAUGAAACAAAAUAAAAUAACCACUAAAUAGGUUUCAAAUUUACAUGCAGGUGUUAAAUGAUGAGACUGUUGAACAACAAAAGCAGUUUAUUCAAUGGACAACCAGGCUCCCAGAACAAAUUAAAAUGCAAUAUGCCGCAGAUCUUUAAUUGGCGACAGAAAUAGGCUAUGCUUAUGCACACCAUACCGGAUGGCUUUUUGUGCCAAAACCAUAAGCAACUCAGACUGAACACCUAGUAUCCAAUAUGUGACUCAGGACAUGUGACGCUUCGGGAAAAUUUUGAGAUAAAUUGUUUGCAGAGAGUGUAAACACAGAAAUACAUUGUAUGGAAGUAAUGAACAAAGUGUUUGCACAAACAAUUUAUUUUGUGUCUCCGUCUUCCUAGCAGAAGCCGCUUAUAAAAAAAAUGUUUGCAUGUGAAAAUUUUCCAACCUCCAUCUUAAAAAAAUAAUGAUCCGUCCUCUAAAAGAAAAUCUCGCCUAAACCACCGUUAUUAUGAGUGAACAGAACCCCUAUUCGGUAUGGUUUUCUAGCCGGCGCAAAAGCCAUCCUGUAUAGUGUAAGCAGAGCAUUAAUUUGAUCAUUAUAUCAUAAACCCAGCCAAUAAGUAGGGGCAGCAAACGACUGUUCGCUGUAAAAUAUCAGUUCGGAGAAGUAAAAAUUCCCUGGACUUUUCUAUAGCUUGAGGAUCGCUAAAAAUUUCCAGGUGACCGGCCCUUUCAUGUACAAAUUUCGAAGCUUAUCUAAUAAAUUCCCCGCGAUUUUGUUUAGUUUAAUUUUGCAUUUCACUCCCCAGGUUAUGCUAUUUUUCGAUUCGUAGAAAAAGAAAACCCAAAACCUUUUUAGUAUUCAAAAUUGUUAUGGACAGAGGAAUCAGAAAAUUCUCCCUUUUGUAAAACUUUAUAUUGCAUCUAAAACUUUCGGGAAAGUAAUAUUGAAGCCCUUGUAAUUUCGAAAAGACUAAAGUUGCCCUAGUAUGACCGAACAGAUACCAAUUUUAUAUUAAUUCUAUAGCUCCGCUUAAAAUGCAUUUCGAGAGGCUUAAAAGUACUCAAAUUAGUCUAAAAAGUGUUUUCAGUGCAUUUAGGAGGAAACCAUCAAAGAGUGCCCAUGACGCAUGGAAUGCUCGGAUUCAACAAGCAUGGCAAUUCUAGCAGGCCUCAAUAUUUAGGCAAUGACUCUGAUCGUGAUUGCUCUUCAUAAAGUGACGCGCGUUUAUCCACCAACAAAUUAAAACUGUUAUUUCGAUUCCUGACAAUCACCGAUCUUUUAGUUGGACUUAUCUCUCAACCAUUUUACGUUGUAUUUCUCGUUUCUUCACUUCCGAAAAUUAAUAUGGAUCAUGUCGCAGUAAUAAGGCGGAACGUUUUCUUUUCUGUGUUACCCCUAGUAUCCAUCCUCUGAUGUCGGCUUCCAUAAGUGUGGAGAGACUUCUUGCCCUGUUGUUAUAGACAAAACAUUAAGACGCGUCUCUUUGGUUUUAAUCUGUGUUUGGUUAAUUAGUGCCCUAACAUCCGUUAAUAGAAGCUCUUUAUUUAAAGUACAUUACCGCUCUGGGCUAUCCAUGUCUUAUUAAUAAUGUCUGUUGUUUUUAAUAAACGUUUACGUACGUAAAAAUUUCACAAACUUUUCGUAAGAACCAAGCUCAAAUUCGAGAACCACCAAACGGAAGAGACAAUCAUCGGAACAUAGCUGGAUACAUGAAAACCGUUUACAGGCAUAACAUGGGUGCAGCUAGCCUUACUUGGUUGCUAUGCUCCACUAGCUGUCAUUUCAAUAACAUUCUGUUUAAUAGCCGGUUUCAGUUAAAUACCACAACAGCCAUCGCUCGGGAAUCAUUUGCAACUCGGCUUUAUUUAAAUUCUUCUCUAAAACCUGCGCUUCAUUUUUGGAUGAUCAGAGAUGUGAGACAAGAAGUGAAGAACCCGAUCCGAAAGAUUUUCUGCUGUUGAGUUUAAUAAAUUAUUUGAUGCCUGUAAACAAGAAACAGAUAACAAAGACACAACAUAUAUUAAGAAGUAACAUGAAAAUCUUACUAUAAAAUAUAUUUCAAAAUGAACUAUUUACAAAAUUGUCUUUGGAGUCGUUUAACCCGAGAACAUUAACUAAGCACGUUAAGAACAUUAACUAAUGAGACGGCUAAGAAUCCACCCCGCGGUUCAGAUGAGAAAAAUAUCCCUUAUCCAUCAAUCUGAGUUCCGACAAAACUGAAACUUUUUAUUUUUACACUGAAAACGUGACUUUCUUUUCAGCUUAGAAGAAGACCAACUUGUCAUCCGAUGAAAAAAAAUCUAUAUAACUAUACAUUGAAUGCGAUGAAUAAAACUGCAGCCAGAUACCCGCCUUUAAGACGCUAAAUAGUGAAUCUGUAAACCUUUUCUAAAACAAAAGACACUGGGGCCAAUACGGCCCUGUUCAGUGGCGUGUUUCCGCUUAGGCCAAAUAAAGAAGAACCACCACUCCUGAAAACAGAGUUGUAAGAGAACGUAUAGGUUCGUUAAAAUGAACAACUAAGUAUAUGACAAACGAGAGAAUUGGUUACUAUGAACCGUUCAUUAAGAAUAAAUGUUUUCAAUCCAUUUCAAAUUGUCCAAAUGUAAGAAAAACAAUAAAGCAGUCUUGGAAGCAAAUUACAAACCAAGAUAUUAAACAAAUAAUAACUGCAAUGAGUACAAGCCUAAUCAGUAAGAUUAUUAUCAUCAUUAUCAAAUAGCACUAACGGAAAGAAAAUAGCGGCUUCCUUGCAGACAGAGACACUGUUAUUGGUAAUUCAGUCAAUAGAUCAGAAACACUUGUGAAGGCAAACCCACGACGCCAAACCAGUGAGGAUCAGCCGGAUCUUUCAUAGUCAUGUUUAGUAGACCUGGAUCGGUAAAAUUUGGAAUACCAAGUUUUAGAAUUAAAACAGUAAACUGAUCCUUAAGAGUCAUAGAAAAGAUAAAGAAAGAAAACAAUCUUCCUGCCGUAAGGAUCGCUUUACUGUUUUCAUUUUAAAAUUUAGUCAAUAGAUCACCUGCCCAAGUCUGCCCAUAUCGUUUAUAAGCGACCACAUUUAUCAAACUAAUAAGGUGGUUGUCAUUUCGUUGUUUUAUAAUCGGACUAUUAAAGAGUUCGUGCAUUGAACGGCUAACUUAAGACACUUAAUCAAACAAAGAAAUUUUCUCCUAAAUUCAACAAUCGGCAUACUCAGUUUCUUAGGUUAGGUUUAGCUCCUAGAAACAACAGGGAAAUAAACAAGAUACGAAAGCAGUUCAAAGACCACUGACCGAUAUGUAGUCAAAUAAUACACUAGUUCUAAAUGUGGCAGUCAUCCUGUUUAGCUCAGAACCAAUUAAAAGCAACCUGUUAUUAUAAUCUCUUUAGAAACUGUUUAUAAGGGCUCUCAGUUCCUGUGUUGUUUCCAAAAGCAAUUACUAAAAUUAGAGGGAAUUCUUUCCAUACAUAUUGAACCAAGUGUAGUUCCUUUGCAACAAAUGUAAAGACAUGGCAAACUCAACUGAAUAUGAAAACAGCACAAGUGCGACUGACGUAACUUUAUGGAAUGCUUAUUCAACGAGCAGGGCAAUUCUUGCAGGCAUCAAUAUUUUUCUCGCCAUCACCGCAUCUCUUGGCAACGCUCUGAUCCUGAUUGCUCUUCAUACAGUGACGUCCAUUUAUCCACCAACUAAACUGUUAUUUCGAUGCCUGGCAGUCACCGAUCUUUUUGUUGGACUUAUCUCUCAACCACUGUAUGUUACUAUUCUCUUUCCCCGGUUCACAACUUGGAAUGAAAAUGUCGCAAUUGUUUUAGCAGACGGCUUUUUCUUUCGUCUGCUUCCUGCAGUAUCACUCCUUACAUCAGCGGCCAUCAGUGUGGACAGACUCCUUGCCCUGUUGUUAGAGCUGAGAUACAGACACACUGUAACAUUAAGACGAGUUUGGGUGGUUAUAGUUUGUAUUUGGUUGAUUAGUGCCCUUCCAGCAACAGGUGAUAUAUUCUUUGAAGAUCCAAAACUAGCUGAAAUUGCCUUUUGCUUAUUCUGUGCUCUAUUAACACUUUCCUUGCUAGUCUCAGUAUUCUCUUACGCGAAGAUAGUUAAAACCCUUCGUUAUCGGCAAGUUAAGGUUCAUCGCAAUACUCAACAAGGACAGCGGCCAAAUGGAGGAGGGAAUCAACUGAACAUAGCUCGAUACAAGAAGACAGUGUACAGCAUA